AGCUGUUUCGUAUCAAAUACGUUCAGAUCAGCGGACGCAACCGCUUCACCAGCUGACUAGCUGACUGACUAGCUGAACUGACAUGGCGGUUGCCUUCGACACCAUCCUCCAGGGCGCGUACUCUGGCAUCGAGGAUCAGGUGAAGAGCGUGAUCGGCGACCAGGACGCCUGGGCGGAGCUUUGGGCGAGGCACAAUGCCAUCUUGCAUCCCCCGCCGGCGCUUCCGGACUUGGACUUUGCAAACGAGAUGAUCGUGUGCCUCUAUGCCGGCCAGCAGGGCUCUGGAGGCUACACCGCGUGCAUCCGCAGCAUCGAGGACUCGGAAGAUGGGCGCCGGGUUUCUUUCGAGCUCGGCUGCCCACCGCCCGGGGCCAUGUGCACCGACGCGCUGACGCAGCCGCACCACUUGGUGCGCAUGCCCAGGACGACUCUGCCGGUCUCCUUUCGAGAGGUGGUGGCUCCCGUUGAGGUGGCCACAUCUGCCACCUUCUUGCUGACCUUCGACCCAGCAAAGAAGGAGGAGGCCACACAGAAGGCAAGCGUGAGUGCGAGAGGUGGCUAUAUGUUUGGUUUCUUGUUUUUGUUAUUUGCAACCACCUUGCAAGUGGUUGGACCUGCAUCCCACCUAAUGUUCAGACAAGAGACAACGCCACACAAGCUGGAGUUGCAAGCUCUCGACCUUCAACGUCGGAGUGAGGGUUCUUUGCAUUGUGCUUGCUGCAGACUUCCAGGCCUGGUGACCUUUGAUUGCUGGAGGGGUUUGGAGAACCAAGGUAAAGCCCCCGGAACUAUAGCCAUGACCCACAUAAGGUUGUCGUGGGUCAACCGUUGUGACACCGCCAAGUGCUUCGCACAUGCCUGGCGGCCUCUCUGGCACUUGAACGUGCAGAUGUGAUACCCUUGCGGGUUCAGUUGUGGUCGAAGACAAAGACUUCUUCUUCCACUUCAACAUGCAA